AUGCCCAAACUCGAAAAGAUGAGCGCUGAGGAGCACCUCAGUAUCAGCAAAAAGAUGUUUUACGGCGGAUUUGCGUUUCUACCGCUGCUAUGGCUGGUGAAUUUCAUGUACUUUUUCAGCACCACUCGACAACCGAAUGCUUCCAAAGAGCUGAAAAAGUACGUGUAUCUGUCAUUUGGUGGCUGCGUUGUUUGGUUCAUUUUGCUCACAACAUGGUAUGGUUUGUUUGUUAACAAGCGAGUGUCCUGGGGUGAAGGAGCAGAUCGUAUCACAGUAGUUAUACCCAAAGGCCUUUAA